AUGUGCACCGUGCCCGAGUGUGACAUCAGCACGUUCACCGUGCCCGAGUGUGACAUCAGCGUGUUCACCGUGCCCGAGUGUGACAUCAGUGUGUGCACCGUGCCUGAGUGUGACAUCAGCGUGUUCACUGUGCCCGAGUGUGACAUCAGUGUGUGCACCGUGCCUGAGUGUGACAUCAGCGUGUUCACUGUGCCCGAGUGUGACAUCAGUGUGUGCACCGUGCCUGAGUGUGACAUCAGCGUGUUCACUGUGCCCGAGUGUGACAUCAGUGUGUGCACCGUGCCUGAGUGUGACAUCAGCGUGUUCACUGUGCCCGAGUGUGACAUCAGUGUGUGCACCGUGCCUGAGUGUGACAUCAGCGUGUUCACUGUGCCCGAGUGUGACAUCAGUGUGUGCACCGUGCCUGAGUGUGACAUCAGCGUGUUCACCGUGCCUGAGUGUGACAUCCGCACGUGCACUGUGCCUGAGUGUGACAUCAGUGUGUUCACCGUGCCCGAGUGUGACAUCAGCUGUGACAUCAGUGUGUUCACCGUGCCUGAGUGUGACAUCAGUGUGUUCACUGUGCCCGAGUGUGACAUCAGUGUGUUCACCGUGCCUGAGUGUGACAUCAGUGUGUUCACUGUGCCCGAGUGUGACAUCAGUGUGUUCACCGUGCCUGAGUGUGACAUCAGCGUGUUCACUGUGCCCGAGUGUGACAUCAGUGUGUUCACCGUGCCUGAGUGUGACAUUAGUGUGUUCACCGUGCCCGAGUGUGACAUCAGUGUGUUCACCGUGCCCGAGUGUGACAUCACCCCGUUCACGGUGCCUUAG